AUGGAUCCCAAUGACCAACCUUAUGGCGGCAACGAAGCGCCGGACAAGGAGAAGAUGGAUCAGAUUCGAGCCCGUCGACUAGCCAAGCUCGGGGCGCCGAAACCGCAGCCAGAUAAUGGUGGCAGCAACAGUACCGCCGGUGGCGAGGCCUCGCCCAAGUCAGCGGCUGCAGACACCGCCUCCUCGUCCAGCGCGGCAGCCGCAUCCAAGACGAAAAUCAAUAUCACACCGGCCGCCCCCACCGCGCGCUCUGGAUCGAACCCAUUCACGCAGAUGGGUCUCGACAACAAGCCGAGCGACAGCAAGGGCCCGGCCGGCUCAGGUAGAACCACCUCACCGCGCAAAAGAAGUUUACAAGAGAUUGACGACGGCUCCACAGCCGCGACCGUCGCGCCGCCUCCCCCGCGCAAGCAGCCUGCGCCUCAGACAGCCGAGUCGGACGAACUGUAUACGCACCGCGUCCUGACCAACGUCUUUCGCGUCUCUGUCGACCCCCACCACAUGAGCAGCCCGCACGCCGCCGGCGUCCGCCUCACCUUUCUACCCGGCCUCAACGAGGAACUCAACGCCGCGGGCGAGUCCCUGCGCCUGUCGACGGCCACUCUCGACCAGGCCAUCAUCGAAGCCUGCAGCAGCUGGCCCGAGGACAAGCCGCUCCUCAACUACCUCUUACCGUGCUGGAAGCGUGCUGUCAAGCAGGCGGCGCAGAAGACGAGCUCCGUGACGAGGCAUCGGGUACACGAGGAGGCAAAGAGACUGUGCAUGAGCAACUGCCUCUUCGCCAUUACCAUGCCGGAUCUCUACGGACGCUCUGCGAAUCCCGAACACGAUACAAUUGCGCCGCAGCUACUCCGCGGCCCCAACGACGAAAAUGGACUUUGCUUUGAUUUCAUACAGGAGGCUAUCAAGCGAUUUGACGAAGACGAAGAGUUUCCAGCCAUCUUCGACAACGCUAUGGUUCGCAUAAGCAGGCAACUUGCACGCAUGUCCAUGGGCGACAACUAUAAGCCGCACGUUCAAGCCCUACUCGCAUAUACACGAUUUCCCACUCUCGUCGGCAACUUAUCCAAGACGGCCGCGUUCAAUGUGGCAUCGCCCGCCCACGACAUCGAAAAAGAGACCCUGCUCGGCCCCUUCUUCCGCCUCUCCCCCCUCCAGCCCGAAGUCAUUAAGAGCUACUUCCCCGGUGCCCGAACACUCGACAAGGGCCGCAUCGCGAACGCCCAGGAUGCUCUCCGCAUGGUUCUGCGCACACACCAAGACGACCUCUUUACGAUUGCCAACGCCUUCAUAAGAGCAGGUCCAAUCACGAGAGGCUGCACGCUGAAUUGGUUCGCGCACAUUAUGAACACAAAUCACAAGCGAAGGGCCAUCCAGGUCGACCCCCGUGUUGUUGCUUCGGACGGCUUCAUGGUCAACAUUAGCACAAUCAUGGAUCGAUUCUGCGAACCGUUUAUGGACAACGACUUUAGUAAGAUGGACAAGAUCGACAUCCGGUACCUACGGCGUAGCCCACGUGUGGAUAUCAACGACGAGACCAAAAUCAACGCCGACCAGGCCACGGCCGACAAAUACUACGAGACCAAGGUGGACGAAGAGGGAUCCAACUUUAUUUCAGAGGCAUUCUUCCUUACCCUGGCAGCGCAUCACUACGGUAGCGAGGCUCUCAACUCUCAGCUUAAAAACCUGGGCAGAGAUAUAAAGUAUCUCGCGUCUCGCAUUCAGGCCAUGGAAGCAGAGCGCGAAAAGGCGACCAGGACCCCACAGCAACAGGCCGUGUUCGAAGAGACUAUGUCGCGUCACGUGAAUGUUUUGGAGAAGACGAUGGCGUUGCGUCACGCCAUAGAAGGUGUACUACUGGACGACCGCAUGCAGAGCACAUCCCUCCGGUUCAUGCGCUACGUGGCCGUCUGGCUGAUGCGCCUGGCCACUGGCCAAGACUACAAACCAGGCCGCGAGAGCCAGAUGGUUAAGCUCCCUCUGCCAGAGGAGAACCAAGAAGCGUUUGCGUGCCUUCCCGAGUACACGCUGCAGAACAUUGUCGACAACUUCAAGUUUGUCUUCAAGUGGCUGCCCAAUAUUCUCCCCAGCGCCGUCGGCGAGGAAAUGAUUGCCCUGUGCAUUACGUUUCUGCGCUCGUCGGAUUGGAUCAAGAACCCGUAUCUUAAGUCCUCGCUGGUGUCGCUGUUGUUUUACGGCACGUGGAACUUUUUGCACCUGAAAAAGGGCGUGCUCGGCGAUCAGCUCAUGUCGCUGCCGUUUGCCAAUGAGUACCUCUUGCACGCGCUCAUGAAGUUUUACAUUGAGUGCGAGUCGACGGGCAACAAUGCGUUCUACGACAAGUUCAAUAUCCGCUACGAAAUUUUUCAGGUCAUCAAAUGUGUGUGGUCCAAUGACGUGUACAAGCAGCAGCUUACACGCGAAAGCAAGAUCAACCGCGGCUUCUUUGUGCAGUUUGUUAACAUGCUGCUCAACGACGCCACGUACGUGCUUGACGAGGCUUUAUCCAAGUUUCCCAAGAUGCGCGCGCUCGAGAUUGAGCUCAAGGACCAGCACCUGACGGCCGAGGACCGGCAGGCCAAGCAGGAGGAGCUCUCGACGCUCGGCAACCAGGCCACAUCAUACAUGCAGCUCGCCAAUGAGACGCUGGAGAUGAUGAAGCUCUUUACCAGUGCGCUCAGCGACGCCUUUACCAUGCCGGAGAUCGUGUCGCGGCUCGCCAGCAUGCUCAACUACAACCUCGAGACGCUCGCCGGCAAGCGCGCCGCUGCCGAGCUCAAUGUGGACAACCGCGAGCAGUACCACUUUCGCCCGAUCCAGCUGCUGUCGGACCUCGUUGAGAUUUACCUGCACCUAGGCAGCUCGCCCGUCUUUGUCGACGCGGUCGCGGCCGACGGCCGCUCCUACAAGCCCGAGGUGCUCGACCGCGUGACGACGAUUCUCGCCUCGCGGCACACCAAGGACCCGGCCGACAUGGCGCGCUGGGAGCGCCUCAAGGCGCGUUUCCGCUCAGCCAAGGCGCAGCUCGACCAGGCCGAGCUUGACCUCGGCGACGUGCCCCCGGAGUUUGAGGACCCCAUCAUGGGCGACCUCAUGCGCGACCCGGUCCUGCUCCCGUCCAGGCACGUCGUCGACCGCUCCACCAUUGUCCAGCACCUCCUUAGCGACCCCAAAGAUCCCUUUACCCGCCAGCCCAUGACGGUCGACGACGUCGUGCCCCAGACGGAGCUCAAGGCCAAAAUCGAGGCCUGGCGCGACGACAAAAUGGCCGAGGCGAGGAGUAAGUUGGCUGCAAACCGCGCGGCAGGCCAAGAGCCGAUGGAUACAACAGAGGGGUGA